AUGACGCCUCUGUCGACGACCAGCGACGACAGAAAUAUGUUCGGGGAGAGAAUGUCGGAUCUAGGGCUGGGGAGGCACAGUACAUCGAUGAUGGAGGUGGAUGGAGAAGACGAUGGCGUAUCGGAGGGGUUUUCUGAUAGCAUGGCCGAUGGUCUCCCCGAUGGUUUAGCUGACAGCUUGCCGGACGGCCUCGGUCAGGAGCUCCAGGAUGGCAUGGACGCCGGUAUCGACCCCACAAUGCUGCGAAGCGGGCAUGCUGGCUCUACUGGCGGAUCGACGUAUGCGAGUAUGGACGCGUUGCCUUUCGGGACUGCGGUACACAUGGGCUCCCAGGGGCGCAAAAUGCCUGCACAAUCGGUGAACCAGUUCAGUGUUCCCACCCUGGGUCAACAGAGGCUGCAGUCCGUCACACAAAGCCUCGGAACCAUGGAACAGCAAGUCUGGCAGGGACGACAUGACCCCAAGUCAGACGGGCUACUCCCAUGGCCCGGAAACAUGGCCUCGAUGCAUCCACAGGGCAAGGCCGACGAUGGAGGACGUGGGUUUGAUAAUGCGCCCGACGGAGAACGAUGA